ACGCCGACUACUUGGAUCUUCAUCUGGAUGCCUCUUGCAGGCCCUGAUUUUGUUGCAACUGCGGUCGUUUUAGUUUAGCCAACGCACAAGCGCAGCCACAGAAUGCGACAUACAGAUACAUACAGCACUUUUACAUUGUUAACUGUUAAGCUCUGUUUCUUGAGUAAUUCAACGGCAUCUUUUUUCUUAUAAUUGUCCUUGUUUCGACAAUUUAGUCGUAUUGUGCAGGUGAUUUUUACAUUGUUAUGCACAAGCGUGUUCCAUUUGCUGCUGUGUUGUUGUCCCGCAGUAAAUUCUGUGCACGUCAAUUAUGGAUGAAACAGAAAGCGAUUCCGACAGCUGCGAAUCGCCGGAACCUGAGGAAACAGAUCUCCGACCCUACAAUACAGAUUUCACCGUCAAUCCGGAGAGCAACUUUGCCGUUAGAAUGUUCAAGGCUGUGAUCACAUCGGCGAACACCAUGGAUGAGAAUAUCGUCGUCAGUCCCUAUUCGGCAGAAAUCAUUCUGGCGGCACUCCUUCCCGGAACCAACGGUGCACUGCAGUCAGCCCUCACAGAAUUAUUAUGCCAGAAUGGAAGAGACUUUUCCGAGCUGAUAAAAAAUCUGGAUGCCGUCAACACGGACGGCGCGCUGAAUGCAGUUAACGCGGCAUUUUAUGAUGACAACUGUCGCCUGUCUUCGCAAUAUCAGGAUACGAUUGACAGCGCCAUGAAAUUUGGGUUUGUCGAAACGCCAUUUGCGAUUUCUCCUAAGGAAGCACUGACGAUGGUAAAUAGUUUUGUUGCGGAGAAAACCGAAGGAAAAAUAACCAAAUUGCUGGAAGAAAUCGAUGAUCACACGCUGUUAAUUCUGGUGAAUAUCAUUGAUUUCUCCGGUCAAUGGGAAUUUCCGUUCGAUGAAGAAGAAACCAAAAAUGGGACAUUUUAUUGCGCGAACAAUGUCGAGAAAACGGUUGACUUCAUGAAUAACCAAGAUGCCAAAGUUCGCGCGUACAAUAUUUAUGACUAUUAUAAAACGGCGGAGCAAAAUGUUGAAGUCGGAGAUCCGCGCAUGAUUAUUCUCAACGUCGUUGAAAGAAAAUUCAGCGUAAUGUUGUUGUUGCCAGCAAAAGACACCGGUGGAAUUAACAGUUUGCAGAAAGAACUGACUACUGAAAAGUUAUUAAAGUGGCGCCAGAAAAGUUCCAAAGAAAUGAUUUACAUUGUUGUACCGAAAUUCCGUAUUAGCUGCGGUGUUGACUUAAUACCGGGCGCAAAAGCAAUGGGUUUGCAGGAAAUGUUUCAGCCGUCGGUGGUGAAUUUUGACCGGAUGUUUGAUGAAGACUGUCGGGGGAAGCGUGUUGACCAGUUUCGACAGGAAGUGGCUAUAGAAAUGAACGAAUAUGGCAUCAAGGCAUCGGCAGCGUCUUGUUCUUGCUCGAGCUAUAGUUGUAUUAAAUUCCCGGAUUUUCAGGCCGAUCACCCGUUCUUGGUGAUCCUCUGGAAUGAGAUCGCCAACGUUCCCGUUUUUAUUGGACGCAUUACGGAGCCGGAUGAAACGGCUGACCCUGAGAAUCAAGCGCUUGUAUGGCCGCCAUGGUUGCCCCAACCGCAGUCAACUUCCAAGUCAUAACUUCCGGUUUAAUGAUGAUCUUUUUAUUGUACAGACAUCCUUUAGUUAAUACGGUCAAUCACCAUCGAAUA